UUAAUGCCGCUUUUACUAGUUCCCCGGCAGCCGUUAAUGCUUGCGAGUGCACAGCAUUCAGCUUUGCUAUGGACAGCACCAGGCGAGGGGUCACUCGGUCCAGAAGUCCCAGAGACACAGUCAGUGCAGGGAGGCAUCAGAGCCAUGAGCAGUCUGACAGUCCUGUGAAGAUCAACAUUGGCGGGGAGAAGCUGAUCGAAGUCUAUCCUGAUUUGUUUGCCGUGCGUGGAGAGAACAAACUCACGAGCAUCAUGGCGGGCCGGUGGCGCCAGCCAAGGGAUGCACAAGGGAAUAUUUUCGUGGACUACUCACCGGAAGUCUUCAUGCCACUCGUGGAAUGGCUCAGGGAAUGCCGUGAUGCUGACCCUCAAAAUGAGCUGGUCCCGGUGCGCAUUGAUCAGGAGCAACAUGGUAGGAGAAUGGCAUGGGUCCGAAUGAUGAGAGCCUUGUCCUUCGCUUGGGAGGAUUUGGUUUUUGCCGCGGUGACCGCCCAAGAGUUCAUUGAGGCAAAGUUUCCUGCACGUGUUUGCUUGCAGGCUCGCGCCGGUUCCUUGCCAUUGGCCGAAGCCCUAUUUUUGGACGGGGUCAGGCAACAGGACUUCGCUGACGUGGGCAUUCAAUUUUAUAAGGAGGACUUUAACUUGGUCCAAGAAUUUCAAGACUACUAUGAGACGGGAGACCAUCAGCCACGUGCGCCUGUGGAUGUCGAGGUUGCCUUCCAAUACAUUUGCGCUGCAGUCGAGGAUUUUCGUGAGAGGCAUCAAGGAGUGCCUUUGGCCUUGAUCCCUUCAGCUCCUCCCUGGAAGUGAGGGGUCCUGAUGUGUCAGCCCUUGCUGGUUGACAGCAAACCAGACCAGCUGUACAACGAACGUGCUGGUCCAGUUUGGUCACACAAAUCACACUCAAAGAAAGUGCUGUUUUUGGUGAACUCGGAACCCCUCGACCCGAAGUGAGUUUCCCCAUGUGCCGAGCUGGGAUGUGG